CGCACAAUGGCGAAUUCGCCCAACCAAGGACAAUCUCGCCAUUAACGCCAUCCGAAACCUCCCCACUCCCUUCACUUAGGGCCUCGCAGCGAUAACCCGUUAUUGAUCUAUCAAUCCAAGCGUCAUGUCCUUCCUACUUCCUUGGAAGCGUCGCUGUCUGGAGCGCGCACCUCACGAUGAUUCUCUUCCGCCGUUCCCCGACCGCGUUUUAAACGAGAGUUCGGAACCACCUGUCUUUCAGGUUCCCCGCCGUCCAGUCGCGGCUGUUCUAGCGAAGGAGCCGACGCCUGGUUCCAAGAGCGCUGAGAACGUAGAGAAGGAGUUGCCCGCACCACCUGCGCCGUCGAAGUUCUAUGGGGUUGUGCUGCCGGGAUGGAUAGGGCUGCGAAAGGAGCGGUACUUUGGAUUCCCGCGGCGUACAGUAAUAUUGGCUAUGGCGGUAUUACUACUGCUAUUGGCACUGAUACUCGGUUUGAGUAUCGGGCUGACUCGCGGGAGAAAGAAAGCGAACAAAGACUCGAUCACACCUCCAACCUCCGGCGCCCUCCAAAAUGGCGACGGAACGUAUUACGAGCCCGGCCUUGGAGCCUGUGGCAUAUCCUCUACCUCGUCCGAUAGCAUAGUGGCCGUCUCGCACAUAAUCUUCGACUCGGUCCAGGUGGGUGCAAACCCGAACACCAACCCACUUUGCGGCCGCAAAAUCUGGGUUACACGCGAAGCCACACCCGGGAAAAAUGUCAGUCUGGAGGUAGAGGUUGUGGAUCGUUGCACCGGCUGCAAAGCUUCCGACCUGGACUUUUCAUUGAGCGUCUUUGAAAAACUGGCCGAUGAAUGGCAAGGGAGGGUUCUCAUUAGUUGGGCUUGGGUCGUUUGACUUUUUCUUUUCUCUUUCGACAUGGCGUUUGGUGCCGGUAGCAAUGUGGGGUGUGUGAUCCGUGAGAGCCGGUCACAGGGGGGGCUAUUCC